CCGAAGACACGUCGAAUAACUAAUGACCGCUGAUCCUUUCGCCAAAACACUAUUCUAACGGUGCCUUAAGACGUGACCAGCCGCCUCCGCCAGCACCCGCUGGGCAAAGCGUCUCUGCGUGAAAGUAGAAAUGUUUUCCUAAGUUUAAAAACGGUGUAGCCUAAUAUUUAUCUAAGCGAAGGUUUACAUCAAGAUUUUCCGAAACACGAUCGAAUUAACUUUUCACACAUUUCCAGAGGAAAAGUUUACUUUCAAUUGCAACUGGAUUUACCCAUAAAAAUGAAGCCACGGAUUCUAUUGAUCGUUUUACUCGUAUUUGUCUUUUCAUGUGUGUGUAACAGCUCGGAGCUGGCCUUUCUGCAGCAGCCCAGCGAUGUGAUUGCGGUGCGGGAGAGGCCACUCAUGUUGGACUGCCUUGUGGAGGGCGAGGGGCCCGUCACCGUGAUGUGGCUCAAGAAUGGAGAAGCUAUGCCUGUUGGAGCAGGAGCCCGGGCCAAAGUGCUGUCCAAUGGCACCCUUCUGAUCCGCAGCUUCCAGAAGAGGCGAGAUGGAGAUGUGACAGAUGCCGGCGAGUACCACUGUGCUGCACAGAACCGUUACGGCAUGCUGGUCAGCCGCAAGGCCCGUGUGCAACUCGCAUCCCUUCCAAAGUUUCACACUCAUCCUGAGUCUAUGACCGUGGAGGAGGGGGGAGUGGCACGUUUCCAGUGCCAGGUGAAUGGUAUUCCAGAGGCUAGCAUCACCUGGGAGAGAGAUCAUGUUGCCAUUGGCACAUCAGAUGAGAGGUACACUCUUCUCCCAAUGGGUAUUCUGCAGAUCACAGGGACAAAGAAGUCACAUGCUGGAAUGUACCGCUGUGUAGCAACAAAUAUUGCCAACACUCGCUACAGCCACGAAGCUCAGCUCAAUAUCACUGGUGGAGCUCCGCGCACCUACAAGGAACCAGUCAUCCUGUCUGGGCCCCAGAACCUCACCAUCAAUGUCCAUCAGACAGCCAUCUUAGAGUGCAUUGCCACUGGGAACCCUAGACCCAUUGUGUCCUGGAGUAGACUGGAUGGAAGAUCUAUAGGUGUGGAAGGCAUUCAGGUCCUGGGCACAGGGAACCUGAUGAUUUCUGAUGUGUCCCUGCAGCACUCGGGAGUGUAUGUAUGUGCUGCCAACCGACCUGGUACCAGGAUGAGACGUACCGCUCUGGGCAGGCUGGUAGUUCAGGCUCCUCCUGAGUUCCUUCAGUGGCCGCAGUCCGUGUCCAAACCAGUAGGGGGCAGUGCUGUGUUCACCUGUGUAGCUCAAGGAGUCCCUGAGCCUCACCUCAUCUGGCUGAAGAACGGGAAGAUCCUCACACCUGGAGACCACGUCAAGCUCACCAACAACAACAGUACCCUGGCAGUAACUCGCAUCACAUCAGAAGAUGAGGCCAUCUACCAGUGCAUAGCUGAGAACAGUGCAGGCACCAACCAGGCGAGUGCGCGUCUGGCUGUGUCUCUGGCUAAGGAGCUGCCUGAGUCCCCUCAGGGUCUGAAGGCCACAGCACUGUCCAAAACCAUGCUGCAGCUCUCCUGGCGCCAGCCCCCGAGCGAGGUCACUGACAGCAUCAUUGGCUAUGUGCUGCACAUCCGUAAAAUCGGAGAACCAGACACUAAAGAGUUGCAAGAGGCUGUCAGCAAGACAACCUACCAGCAUGACCUCACCAACCUUGAGCCUGCCACCACCUACACCAUCUAUCUGAAAGCCUACUCGCCACUUGGUGCUAGCCAGCGAUCCAGCACUGUCAUUACUACAACACUAGGGGGCGUUCCCACCCCUCCUGCGUUCUUCACUAAAGUGGUAAACAUGACCUCAGUGCAAGUUUUGUGGGAGCUGCCUACCAAGCCAGGCAGAGUUGAAGGCUUCAGGCUGUCCUACCGCAGGGUUCCCCAUGGAGAAUUCUUGGGGCCAGUUCAGAUGUCCUGCCACACUAAUGUCCACACUGUUUCACAUCUUGAUCCUGGUGCUGUGUAUGAAGUUAAACUAGUGGCCUAUAAUGGCAAUGGAGAGAGUCACUGCUCCAAGAGACUUGUGUCACUGGCAGAGGAUGGAACCAGUGCUAAAACCAGCGCAGGAAAGGGGAGUGAGUGUAACUGCAGGGCCAGCACAGGCUCUCUGGGGGGUAUAGUUGUCGGAAUCCACAUCGGCAUGGCCUGCAUCAUCUUCUGUGUGCUCUUCCUCAUGUUUGGAUACCGCCGCAGUUUCCUCUGCAGAAAAGGGACUCAGGACAGCUGGUCUGUGCCUAGUGCGGAAGAAGGUGGGCCUCAUGCCCCAAGCAAUAGCAUUCCGAAACAUGGAGUCACGCUCCCAGUACAAGCCAUAGAGCUAUUACCUCAGGAUCACACCCACACUCUGCCAGCUCAGCGGCAAGUUCUCAUAGAGCAGCACUCCGUCAGCCUGCCUGGCACAGGAGCGGGCACUGGCUAGCACUGGCCCCCCUCCCACAAACUCUGCCUCCCUGUGGUUUCUCCGCUUGGCCUGCCCAUGAAAUCUCCCUUCAGGGCCCCUCAGUAUUAAAAAAAAAAAACUGCUGCUAUUGAUGAGUCAGGGCUUAAUUGGCCCGGCACCAGGCCUCAGAGUGAUUCACUAACAGAUUCCAUCUUAUGAGGAGAACAAGCUGUCCUCUUUCUUCCUUUAUUCAGGUCCCUUUGGAGCAAAACUUAAUACCUUUAAGAUCUGUUUUCUGACGUGCUACACUAACACGCCCAAACAUUUAAUCACAGGCUUAGGAGAGUUACUGAGUGACAGAGUCCAUUUAAUACAGCUUGAUUUCACUUCCAUGCACCAAAGUAAGUAUGGCACUGAUGCACACAGAGAAAUAAACAACGAAAUAUAACUA